AUGAAUCACUCAGACCAUUCACCGGUGGUCAUGAAGAACAACUUUUACUCAGCUGGUUCCCAUGAGGAGAACGUCCUGUUUGCAACUUACUACAUCAUCAUCCUCAUCAUUUCUGUGCCGUUCAACGCCCUCGCACUGUGGGUGUUCUGUCGACAAGCCAAAAGUAAAAGUCCCUCCAAAGUGUUCCUGCUGAACCUUGCUAUAGCAGACAUGGCCUAUGUGCUGGUCCUGCCCAUGCGUGUGGUCUACCAUGCUGCAGACAGCCACUGGCCGCUAGGAGAAGCCCCCUGUCGCCUGGUGGGUGUCCUCUUCUUCCUCAACCUCUACUGCAGUCUUUUAUUUAUGAUGUUCAUCAGUCUUGACCGCCUGGUCGCUCUGGUCCUUCCCAUUAAAUCACAGUCGCUGCGGAAGACCAGGAACGCUAAAGCAACCUGCAUUCUCCUGUGGAUUAUUGUGACUUUUUCGAUGCUGCCCAAGCUGAUGUCGACCCAAACCAUGACCAUACAGUCAGAGAAGUUAAAUAUAACUAUCUGCAGCCAGCUGUACUUUGAGAAUACAACUCCCAAAGCACUUGUGUCUACUGCGGUCGCGUUCACGGUUCCUCUUCUCACUCUGACGGUCUCCUACAUCCUCAUUCUGAUCAAGCUGAGGACAAUGAAGUUUCAGGAGAGGACGCUGGUCCAGCAGAAAGCCAUUAGGUUAAUUAUACUCACCAUGGUCAACAUCCUGGUCGCGUUUGUGCCUUACCACGUGCACCGUUUCAUUUACAUCGAGAGACACGCUCACGACGACAUGACGGAGGACGAAAUGAAAGCGCUGGCUUUUGGCAACCGCCUGACCUCUGCCCUCAUGUGUGUCAGUGGCGUGUUUGACCCAGUCAUGUAUUUUUUCCUGGCCAGCACUUACCAGCAAUCUCUGACUCAGAUUUUCUGUAAACGCUCAGAGGACAAUCAACAGCAAACUACCUCAAGUAAACAGUUUUAUUAA